AUGAAACUCCUGUACCCAACCUCCCUCCACCUCGACACAAAGUCCCUGGAAGGCUUCUCCGUCGAAUUGCACCCAUACGAUGUCACACUCCCAAUUCCCGAGCCCCUAAUCGACGCAGAAUUCCUAGUAACAUGGAGCAACAAAGCCACGAACCUUCGCGACGCAGCUUCCCGCAUGAAGAACCUCCGCUGGAUCCAGUCACUAGCAGCCGGUCCAAAUGACGUCCUCGGUGCGGGCUUCGAUGCCUCCCGCAUCGCUAUCACAACCGGCUCCGGCCUGCACGAUGAAACAGUCGCUGAACACACCCUCGGCCUGCUACUCAAUGCUGCCCGUCGUUUCUAUGAAAUGCGUGAUUACCAGUCCCGCGGCGAGUGGCCCGCCCAUCUGGGCGGCGCCCAGCCUGACCGUGCCCCUGGCACUUUCCGUACCCUUAAGGGUGCCAAUAUUACUAUCUGGGGAUUCGGAAAUAUUGCCAAGAGCCUUGCACCUGUGCUAACCGCACUCGGGGCUAAUGUCACCGGUGUUGCGCGGAGUACGGGUGUGCGACAUGGGUUUGAGGUUGUUGCGGAGGAUCGCUUGCACGAGGUUCUGCCCAAGACAGAUGCGCUUGUUAUGAUCCUGCCUGGGUCGGCGAGUACUAAUGGUGCGCUUAGCGCUGAGCGCUUGGCGUUGCUGCCGAAUCACGCUUGGGUUGUCAAUGUUGGCCGUGGCACUUCUGUUGAUGAGGAUGCGCUGCUUGAGGCACUUGAAAAGGGUAGUAUCGGUGGUGCGGCGUUGGAUGUUUUCUCCGCUGAGCCGCUGCCGAAGGAGUCGAAGCUUUAUGCUGCGCCUAAUCUUAUUCUCUCGCCUCAUGCUGCUGGUGGACGCCCGCGUGGAGCUGAGGCGCUUAUUGCGUAUAAUCUGAGACGGCAUCUUGCUGGACAGGAGCUGAAGAAUAUUAUUUGA